UAUGGCCCUAUCUAAUACCCAACUUAAUAAAACCCUAGCUAUUUAAAUGAAGCAGACAACAAGAAGUUCUUCCCUAUUUCAAUGUUCUACGGUUCUCAGCUCUUUGCAUAAACCCUAAUUUUGAUUUUACUUCCGAUCUAUCGCCUGCAAUAAGAAAUGUCGAGGAGAAAGACCAGAGAGCCGAAGGAAGAAACCGUCACUCUAGGCCCUGCUGUUAGGGAGGGUGAACACGUUUUUGGUGUUGCACACAUUUUCGCUUCUUUCAAUGAUACUUUCAUUCAUGUUACUGAUUUGUCUGGAAGGGAAACACUUGUUCGUAUUACUGGUGGGAUGAAGGUGAAAGCUGACAGGGAUGAGUCUUCUCCUUAUGCUGCUAUGCUUGCAGCUCAAGAUGUUUCACAACGAUGCAAGGAACUUGGUAUUACUGCUCUCCACAUUAAGCUCCGUGCUACUGGUGGAAACAAAACCAAGACCCCUGGUCCAGGCGCGCAAUCUGCACUUAGAGCCCUUGCUCGUUCUGGGAUGAAAAUUGGUCGCAUUGAGGAUGUUACCCCAAUCCCAACUGACAGUACUCGCAGAAAGGGAGGACGAAGAGGAAGGAGGCUGUGAAUCAUCCUAUUCGAAAAUAGCCUACAUUGUUGCAUUUCAAUGUGUUGGGUAGUGUAGCUGUUUAAGCCUUUCCCUAUUUUGAACUUUUAGUUUUGAAUUGUCCUUAUGAAUUAUGAAGGUUUGUUUGAAAGAUGCAAUUUUGAUGUUAUUUGAGAUGAAAUACAAAUAUUUAAGUCUUCUGAUCA